GAGAUUAAAGGACCGGAGUUUAACUCGAGGGAUGCCCUUUAGAGAGCCGCCCAGUGGCGAAGAGGCCCGGCUGAGAGCGGGCCCGCGGAGUGGGGUGCCCCCCUCCAUCCUAGCUCCGCCCCCAGCGGCGCGGGAGGGGGCGCGGGGCGGGGAGCAGCGGGCGGACUGGGGGCGCGCCGCGCGUGUAGGGCUGGCGGCGGCGCCCAGCUCUCAGUGCGACCCGCGCUCCCUGGCGUCCGCGCCUGCUGUCCGUGCCCGCCGUCCUUGCCCGCCUUGCCCGUCCCGCCAUGGUCGCAGCCGCCCUCCCGCCCCGGCCGCUGCCGCUGCUGCUGCUGCUGCUGCUGCUGCGCGCCGGCCCGGUGCGCGCCGACAGUAAGGUGUUCGGGGAUGUGGACCAGGUGCGCAUGACCUCGGAGGGCUCCGAUUGCCGCUGCAAGUGCAUCAUGCGGCCCCUGAGCAAGGACGCGUGCAGCCGAGUGCGCAGCGGGCGGGCGCGAGUGGAGGACUUCUACACCGUGGAGACGGUGAGCUCCGGCACCGACUGCCGCUGCUCCUGCACCGCGCCGCCCUCCUCGCUCAACCCCUGCGAGAAUGAGUGGAAGAUGGAGAAACUCAAGAAACAAGCACCUGAGCUCCUCAAGCUGCAGUCCAUGGUGGAUCUCCUGGAGGGCACCUUGUACAGCAUGGACCUGAUGAAGGUGCACGCCUACGUCAACAAAGUGGCUUCCCAGAUGAACACACUGGAAGAGAGCAUCAAGGCCAACCUGAGCCGGGAGAGCGAUGUGGUGAGGGAGAGCAUGCGCCACUUCAGCGAGCAGCUGAGGCACUACGAGAACCACUCGGCCAUCAUGCUGAGCAUCAAGAAGGAGCUGUCCAGCCUGGGCCUCCAGCUGCUGCAGAAGGACGCGGCCCCGGAGCCUGCCGCCGCAGCCCCGGGCCCUGGCAGCAAGGCUCAGGACACAGCUGGAGGGAAAGGCAAAGACAACAGCAAAUAUGGCAGCGUGCAGAAGAGCUUUGUAAACAAGGGCCUCCCGAAACCUCCUAAGGAGAAGCUGCUGAAGGCGGAGAAGCUGAAGAAGGAGGGCAAGGGCAGAUUCCCUCAGCCCACAACCAAGCCCAGGGCCCUGGCCCAGCAGCAGGCUGUGAUCCGAGGCAUCACCUACUACAAGGCGGGCAGGAAGGAGAUGACCGAGGCCAUGGCCGACAACGCCCUCAAGGGCACUUCCUGGCUGGAGCAGCUGCCGCCCAGGGUGGAGGGCAGGCCACCCGAGCCCAACUCGGCAGAGCGUGACGAGGCUGGGCCCAGGGCCUCUGAGGGAGCGGAUUUGGCCCCUGGCACCCCUGCCUCGGAUCUCACCCCCACCCCUUCCCCCACGGCCACCACCAGUCCCCUGCCCACCACGCCACCUUCACGUCCAGAAGUCCCCAGCCAGGGCAGAGAGGCGAGCUGUGAAGGCACCCUCCGGGCUGUGGACCCCCCCGUGAGACACCACAGCUACGGGCGCCAUGAGGGAGCCUGGAUGAAGGACCCCGCUGCCAGGGAUGACAGGAUCUAUGUCACCAACUACUACUAUGGAAACAGCCUGGUGGAAUUCCGUAACCUGGACAACUUCAAGCAAGGCCGCUGGAGUAACAUGUACAAGCUGCCCUACAACUGGAUCGGCACGGGCCAUGUGGUGUACCAGGGCGCCUUCUACUACAACCGCGCUUUCACCAAGAACAUCAUCAAGUACGACCUGCGGCAGCGCUUCGUGGCCUCCUGGGCGCUGCUGCCUGACGUGGUGUAUGAGGACACCACGCCCUGGAAGUGGCGUGGCCACUCGGACAUCGACUUCGCGGUGGAUGAGAGCGGCCUGUGGGUCAUCUACCCUGCCGUGGAUGACCAUGACGAGGCCCAGUCCGAGGUGAUCGUGCUGAGCCGCCUGGACCCUGGCGACCUGUCUGUACAGCGCGAGACCACAUGGAAGACCCGGUUGAGGCGGAACUCCUACGGGAACUGCUUCCUGGUGUGCGGCAUCCUGUACGCCGUGGACACCUACAACCAGCGGGAGGGCCACGUGGCCUAUGCCUUCGACACGCACACGGGCACCGACGCCCGCCCGCAGCUGCCCUUCCUCAACGAGCACGCCUACACCACCCAGAUCGACUACAACCCCAAGGAGCGUAUGCUUUAUGCCUGGGACAACGGCCACCAGCUCACCUACACCCUCCACUUCGUGGUCUGAGUGGGGACCUGGACUCACAGGAGAGGAGUGGCCGUGGGCAUGGGGGUUCCCCAUAGCGACUCCUGCAACAGACUCCCUCAUCAAAUAUUUAUUGGGGGCCAGGCCAGGGGCUAGGUGCUAGGCAGGUGGUAUAGCCAGAAUCAAGCUUCCUUAGCACCCAGUGGAGUAAUAAUCGCUUCCACUUGCAGAACACUGCCGAGAGCUUCACGGUGCACUAACCCACUUAAUCCUCCUGACACCCUUGGAGGCAGAGACAGUUAAGCCCAUUUAACAGGUGAGGAGACUGAGGGCUCAGUUUGGCUCAGGCAGGCCCAUUUUACAGAUGAGACCUGAUCGUGCUCUCCCUUACCUCCAACCCUCUGCCCUCUCCCCUCAUUUCUCUUGUUCUCUCAAGUCUGUCUCCCUUCCCCGGGGCUACUCAAAACCAGAGGCCUCUGGGACCAACACACUAGUGCUGGGUGGAGGCCCAGCUCUGCGUGCCACCCCAGGCCCCUCUUCAGACUGAGCUGUUGGUGGCCCUGGGGCUUUGGGCCCUUUAGCUAAUGUUCUGGCUCCUUGCCUUUGGCCAGCUCCCCAUCCCCACCCCACCCGCUGCCCGACCACAUUCCAAACCUCCAUAGUCACCCAGCCACUGAGCAGAAACCACACCCCAAGAAAAAAAUACCAACCCCUGUUCCAAAAGCCCCCUCCCUCUGUACUCAUUUUUAUUUUCUCUUAUUCUUCAUCAGUGCCGUCAUUUGUUUCUGCAGUAGCAGCUGAGAAGGCUGCAGGCAGCUGCCUGCCAGCAGCAACUCUACCAGGGUGGGGAACGGGGCCAGGCCCCGAGGCUCCCUCUCCACCCAGAAGUACUGGUUUCAGCCACAUACCCAGGCUGUGGGACCUUUCCCCAGUCCCUCCCAGAGCCUUUGGGCCUGGGCUCCACCUUGUCCUUUCUCUCUGGGCCUUUGAACCCAAAACCUGUACACACUCAGGGAUACCUCCAGGUCUGCCAUGAGUAAGACCCUCGGCCUGAGGCUGGGUGGUACCAGGAUGGAACAGGUUUCCUCUUCCUCGUCAUUCCUAACCUGGUCAUUUGGUGGGCUGGCCCAGCAGCCUGGGGGACCAGGGGAGGCUGAGAUCUGGACAACCAGGUCCAGAAGAGGCUUCGGACCUUCUGGUUGCAGGGAGGAGCCAGAGGGUGGAAGCUAGGAGGGAAGGAGAAAGGGGUCUGUGGAUCAGCCUUUUCCUGGCUUCCAAGAUAUUGGUGCCAGGGCUGCCCUAAGCCCAAGACUUGGGGCUGAGGAUGCACAGGUGGGCUCCCCUGAGCCUCAGACCCAGGCAGUCCAGAGGAUAAGACCUUCAGGCCUGCCCCUCAUAUGCUUUGAAUAGUAUUUUUAGAUCCAGAAGUUCUUCAGUCUGACUCCCUGUAUCAAUGAAGGAGAAACAGGCCCAGAAAGGUUUAGAGAAUGGCUCAGGGCCACACUGGGAACAGGACACAACCAAUCUCCUUCCAGAGGGCUUUGUCUAUGUCCUUUAUUCUCCAGGCUUCGAGGCAGCUAGGCAAUAGACCAUCCAGGACCCAAGCCAUCCCAACACCUUUGAGGGGUAUUUACUGCUGAUCUCUACACAACCCCGGACCCUGAUUCUUUCGUUCUGUCCCCAUGCCAGCUCCCAGGUAUCUGUAUAUAUGAACAUCCAGCUGCCCCGUUGGGAAAUUCAGCUGCAUACCCAAGAGUAUAAGGAAAUGCGUUUUGUGCACAAUACAUUUUUUUCGGUCAUUGCCAGGUGAUGUUGUUUUGUUUAAGCUGUAACAUGCCCCUGAAGUAAAGGGGAAAGAUGACGCCCAGCCAAGCAAGGCCUGACUCAGAGUGGUGGACACAUCCAGCCUCCCCCACCCAACCAAACUCUGAGGGCUCCGCUUACAGACUCUUCAGGGGGCUGCACGUCCCAGCGUUUCCCUUGGCUCUGGGUGUGGGUUUUAGAAGACUCUGUCUUUUGUGAUAUCACAGUCCAACCCUGUGAGACGUGUCCAGGCUCCUCUCUCCCCAUUAGUCUUAGAAAAGGGAAAGUUAGAAUGAACCGAUUUUGAAAAAGGACAAGCACAACUGUUUCCCCAGGGAGAGGAUGCUGGCUGCAGCCUCUGAACAUUCACUAAGCCCCUUCUGUUUUCAGGCCCUUGUAUAUGGGUUACGUGGUAGGUACAAUUAUGUUCCUCAUUUUACAGAUGGUCAGACCGGAGCCCAGAGAAGUGAAGUGGAGGCAGAGUUAAGUGGAAAGCCAGAUUUCCAAAUCAGGUAAUAUAACCUAAGCAUCAAAGGUGGGCUAAUCAAGCCAUGUACCUAUUCUUGCAUCUUCACAACAGUCGAAGGUAUAUACUCUAAGUGUGCCCUUUUUACAGACGAGGAGUCUGAGGUGAAGGGACUUACCCAAGCAAAGCACAGCAGCUUAGUCUGUAGCAGAGUCAGGUUUUCAGGGCUGGUCAGUAUAUGUUCUUUGCCAACUGUGUGUCACUCUAGCAGCAGCUCCAGAAAUGGUGAUCAUUGCUUUUAACCAGUGUAGCCAAGCCCCAAACUGCAUCUACAUAGGAGACCCAAGAAGGAGGUUGGGGUGAGCUUAUAAAGAGCCUUGGAUGCCAAACCAAUGAACCACUGCCUUCAAUCACAUUUGGAACAAAGUUGAGUAUAAAUUAACAGAGAAAAGGAAAUUCUAAGACAACUGGAUAUUGUCCUAUCCGUGAUGGGAGGCAGGGAAGAGUUUUCAUGGUGGGAUUUAUUACAUUUGGUAAGAGGUACUUCAAACAAGGAAGGAGAGAGCCAGCUCUUCCUACUGAUCUCAGCUGUGAAGGCAAAGGAAGCUGUCCCUGGUGUUUCUGAACAAAAUGAUACGUGAAGGCGUUUUGGCUGCCAUCUUUGAGUCCUCCUGAGAGAUUUCUAGGCCUUAAUAUCUAAUUUUCUCUGUCUGGGGAGAAAAAAAGGGGGCCUCUGCCUUGGGAGGCAGCCCUAAAGGUGAGGCUGGGGGGGUUUUCCUGGGAAUGACUUGAGGGCUCCUGAAAGCCCAUAUGUUCUAAAGCAUCUUUUCCUCCGUGACAGCAUUGGAAACCACCCUGGUGACAGGAGGACAGAAGACUGGAUGGUUGUCAGGGAGCCCUGGAUAGGAGUUAGGGAGUCCUAGAUUAGAAUCCAGCUAUGCUUCUAACAUGCUGCACAUUCGGGCAGGGUGGGGACUGACAGAGGGGACAGAUGUCAAUCUCUUUUAUGGCUGAAGACCUGCAGCUUAGUGAGGACAAAGGGCAGCUGAGGGCCAAAGCAGUACCCUCCUGGAGCUAGAAGGCAUCUUUAUAUACAGAAUCACUAAUCCACCCAGGAACCCCAAGGUUGGCAUUACUUUUCCUGAUUACAGUGGAUGAACCUCAAGUUCAGAAAGGUUAAGCAAACGGCUCAGGGUCAUGAAACUGACAAGUAGUAGAGUCAAGAGUUGAACCAGGUCUGUUUUUAUACCAAAGCCCAAAACUAACUGUUGUUAGGAAUUUUGUAACCAGUCAGGUUUUUUUCUUUGCUUUAGCUACUGGGAAGCUCAAAGUCGAAUUUGAGAUUAUUUUUAAUGAUUGUACUGAAUCUCCUAUUGGACUCUGACUUCAUUCUAGCUUCUGCUUUUACCUUUACACUGAUCUCUUUAUUUUUAUUGUAUUUUAUCUAUUUUUGUAAAUUGCCACAGUACCUGUUUUUGGAACAAGGUGGAAUAUACCAAAAUAAACACAUGA